AUGCAAUUAUCCAAUGAACAAUAUCAGGCACAAUUAGCGCUUAUUGAACAGAUCAUUCAAGAGUCUAUUAUAAUUGAAUGGCCAAAGAUACAUUAUGAAAAAUGUCCUGAUAAUGAUAAUAGUUUGGUUGGUGUUGAAUUAGAUUUUGCCCCUUUGAUACAUCGUGCUCGAAAUGUUGUCAAAUGUCGUACAUCACAUCCAACGAUGAGAGUACGAGUUUGUGCAAUAGCUGAGCCAAAUUCGAAAAAAUCCUAUCUGCAUGUAGUAGAAGCAUUUUUUCGUGCUACAUUGGUGAAAUUAUCAGGUGAUCCAGGUGAAAGACAAACAGCUGGUCGAUUAAUUUUAACCCAACGUGAAGGUAUAUCAGGAACAACAAAAUAUCACGAUCAACAUGAUGUUGUUGUAAAUAUAAAUGGAAAAUUGUUAAUAAAUCAAGCAUCAUCGGAAUGUAUUACCAAUAAUUUAUCGAUACAAUAUGGUGAAAAUGUGAAAAGAACCGAUUUUAGAUAUGAACACGGAACAUUAUGUGCAAUAUUUCCGGAAUUGGGUGUAACAUUAAAUUCGAUGAUUGAUCGACGUCAAUUAUCAACACGUUAUGCAAUUCAAGUCGAUGUUGCAUUAAAUAUUGAAAAUAAAUUAAUCGUAAAACACGUUGUCCUAUCACAUGAAUUUCUGAUUGCAAUAACCAAUGAUCAAACCGAAUCAUUAUUAAACUUCAUCUAUUGGCCACGAUUGUUGGAUCGAGAGCAAUUUUGCAAUCAGCCAAGUGACCACGAAGAUGUCACAUCAAAUAGUAAUAAACAAAAGAUGACAUGGGGUAUUUUGAAGAAAGCAUUGAAAUAUUUUGUAAAAGCGCAAAUGAGCUCAGCACGUGCGCUUGAUAUUGAUGAAUUAUUGCAUGUACAAUGCAUGCUAUUUUAUCCAAGGAUCCGGAAAGCUAAUGAACAGGAAUGUGAACAAUUAGAGAAAUAUUUUUUUGGCAAUAUCAAAAAUACCAAUGAAGAAAAUUGUUUAAUUAAGCUGAAGCAUAGAUUAUUAACGGAAAUGGUAGUUGACAGUGUAUUAGUUAGUAAAAAUGAAUUUAUGGUGAAUAAAUGUAUUAGUCUUGCGGAUAAUAAUACCGAAUUACAACAUAAUCUCUGGCAAUGGUUAUAUCGUGCAACGGAAAUAAUUAUCGAUGUUGGUCACAAAUUUUGUCCAACAAUAUCAAAUAUUGAUAAGAAAUGUGGGAAAUUCAUAUUAAAAUUCUAG